AUGGCAAGGACGGAGGUCUCGGGCCCUUCCAGGCAAUUCACCAAAAUCAAAGAGCUAGAAUUGGUACCGGAAAAGGCCCAGGAGGAUGAGCAGGAGGGUGGCGUGCGCAGAGCGAAGGAGCCCCCAAACCCGAGGGGAGUGGAGGCCAAGUGCACCUAUGGGGCUCUCCUGACCCAUAUCUCCGAGGGAGAGCAGGAGCUGGUGCCCGCCGCCAUGGAGGACGACGGGAGGCACAUCCUGACCCUCCAGGCGGUGUACCCCACCUUCAAAGACGGGGAGCUGCAGGAGGUCGGCUGUCAGAUGCCACAGCACCAAGAAGGGGGGCCGGGGAUGAUGCCGCAGGCGGGCAGCGCGUUGCCCUCGCUGCUGUGGGUGCGAGAGGGGUCCCGGCAGAGCCUGCACCAGUGCGUGACCAUCAGCAUCGAGGACGAGCUGUACUCGCUGCGGGCGGUGGAGCCCGUGCAGCUCCAGGUCCUGCAGGACAGCGUGGCCCUGGCCCCUGAGGACAGUCCGUGUGCGGAGAGCCCCGCCGAAAGCCCUGGGCUGACUAAGCUUGAGGAGAGUCCGGAGGAGGACCCGCUGCCCGCUGACGGAGGCGUCCAGCUAGCGCAAGACCAGCUCUUUCUUCUGGAAGCAAGGCGGGGACAGGAAGUUGUUCUGGCAAUUUCAAACUUAAACACGCAAGAAACAGAAGAUCGUCCUGCUUCUAGUCAGCCACCUGUUGAAACAGCCAACUCGCCAAAAACUCAACAGAAGACCAAGGGCACAGAGCAGGCCUUCCACUGCGACCUGUGCAUGUUCACCACAGCCAGGGCGGCGAACUUAAACCGUCACGCGAAAACCCACACCAACGAGAAGCCGCACGAGUGUCACCUGUGCCUGAAAACCUUCCGCACAGUCACCCUCCUACGGAACCACAUCAACACCCACACAGGAACCAGGCCGCACAAGUGUGGUGACUGUGACAUGGCAUUUGUCACCAGCGGAGAGCUCAUCCGGCACAGACGUUACAGACACACUCACGAGAAGCCGUUUCAGUGUUCCACGUGCAAGUAUGCGAGCGUAGAAGUAAGUUCACACGUGUGCUUAAAGCUUCGUGGCGUCUUAUUAAGAAGUCGCUGUAAAUUAUGUUACAUUAAACUAACAGCAGAAUCCCUUACAAAAGAGGUUUUAUUAAAGAUAUUAUUCAUACACAGUCUAUGCAGGAAAUAA